AUGGCUGCGUCCUUGGCCUCUCUUUCCUCCUCCAUUAAAACCGGAGCACGACCACUGUCCAACCGCAACACCAGCUACCGUCUUCCUCCUUCGAGCCUCUCACCUCUCGCUUCCUCUAGCGGAAAACUUGUCACUAGCUGCUUUCGGAGAGGACGGUCUAUGAAGAACAUUUCAGCGCUCGAGACUUCUGACGGUGCCGUUAACGUGGAGGUAGACGAUGACCAAGAAGAGGAAGAAGAAGCGUGUGAGCUAGUUAACAGAGCAGAAGUGUCAAUUGACGGCGUUGAAGCUCACCUGUUAACGGCGGUAAAGAACAAUAACGGAACUGGAUUGCUUCUACUCUCUGAUGUCUUCGGCUUCCAAGAUUCCUCCACAAGCGAUUUCGCUUAUCGCGUCGCUUGCAAUGGCUACAAUGUUCUUGUACCGGACCUGUUCCGUGGUGAUCCAUGGUCGAAGAACAGACCAGAAUCCGAAUACGAGGAAUGGAGAAGAACACAAGACCCGGACCGGAUCCGACAAGACACAACAGCCUUGACGAAAUGGAUGGUUGAUGAAUUUGCAGCGGCUGGGAUCUCCAAGAAGCUAGGAGUGAUGGGGUUCUGUUUCGGCGGUGGACGCGUGGUGGAUGUUUUAGCCGCCGACGAGAACGGUUACUUCAGCACCGGCGUCUCUUUCUACGGUACAAGAAUAGACUCGGCGGUGGCCGGAGACGUGAAAGUCCCGGUCUUGUUCAUUGCCGGAGAUAGAGACCCGCUUUGUCAAGUGGAGGGUUUGAAGGAGAUUGAGGAGAAGAUUGGUCAAGGGUCAAAGGUUGUGGUGUUUGAUGGAAGAGGUCACGGUUUUGUUCACCGCCCGGAGACGCCGGAAGAUGAUAGAGACGCGGAGGAAGCGUUUGCGAUCAUGAGGAAUUGGUUACAUCAUCAUUUGCUGCUUGAGAACAAAUAA